GCUCGCAUUUGGAAUGGUGUUUUGCAAAGAGAUAUAAAAGACCUGGACAUUUCCAUAGGGUGAUGCAUCAACAACACUCCGAACAAUACCACCGAAAUCCUCAAGGUUCACUACUUGAACCUGAGCAGCGACCCACGUCCCCAUCCCACCAUGACCCUCCUCACAACCAUAACCCGUAUCCUCGCCCUCUCCACCGGCGAAUCCAUUUUCUACCGUGAAUCUGGGUCCCCCAGCGCCCCCACCAUCGUCCUCCUCCAUGGCUUUCCCUCCUCAUCCCAUCAAUACCGCAAUCUCAUCCCCCUCCUCGCGCCCACAUAUCGCGUCAUCGCCCCCGAUUUCCCCGGCUUCGGCUUCACGAACGUGUCCUCCAGCUACACAUACACAUUCGACAACAUCGCCGCGACAAUUUCCACUUUCCUGUCUGAAAUCCACGAUCCCCCUGCCAAGUAUGCGAUCUACAUCUUCGACUAUGGCGCGCCCGUCGGUCUGAGGCUAGCCCUCCAGCAACCUGAGCGCGUAUCCGCCAUCAUCGCGCAAAACGGGAAUGCGUAUGCUGAAGGCCUGGGCGCAUUUUGGGACCCCAUCCGCACGCUCUGGUCCACGAACAAUAGUGCUGAUGCGCGCGCCGCGCUGCUCCCUUUCCUGCAGACUGGCACAAAAGGCCAAUACAUCGAUGGCGAGCCCGACCCGUCCGCCCUCGACCCUGCGUCCUGGACGCUGGACCAGGCGCUGCUCGAGCGGCCGGGUGUGUUUGAUAUUCAGCUAGACUUGUUAUAUGAUUAUCGCACGAAUUUAGAGCUGUAUCCGAAGGUGCAGGACUGGUUUAGGGAGAGCCAGGUCCCGCUGGUGACGGCGUGGGGGAAGAACGACAUCAUAUUCCCGCCUGUUGGCGCGGAUGCGUACAAGAAAGACUUACCUGGUGCGGAGAUUAACUUGUUGGAUGCGGGACAUUUUGCGGUGGAGAGUCAUACCGGUGCAAUUGCGGGGAUUAUCUUGGACUUCUUGAGUAGGAAGAGGAUAGUAUGAUGAUAUCUACGGUGGAGCAAGGGACAUCCCACAGGUAUUCACAAUCAAGUAGCUAUGAUCCCAAGUAGAGACGCACAACGAGUGCUACUGGAAUCAGAU